AUGCCUGGUACAAAUCUCAUAGUGCCAGUAGUUUUGUGGGGAAAAUAUGCACCUACCCACUGUAUAUCCUCGGUUUAUUUAUCUAGAGACCAGAAAACGUUGGUAACAGGUUGUUACGAUGGUCAGAUUUGUAUUUGGCAAGUAGAUCCAGAAACAUUGAAGAUGACCCCCCGUUGCCUUCUCGUUGGGCACACUGCUCCUGUUACUUGCUUGUCUAGAGCUUCAAUUAUACAGGAUAACAAUUUCAUAGUGAGUUCAUCAGAAGCUGGUGAGAUGUGUACUUGGGAUUUGGUGGACGGCAAGUGCAGAGAAAGUGUCAAGUUGUCUCAAGUUCACACUAAUAUACAGGCAUACCACAUGUGUAACAGUGAAGAUCUGCGUUUGUUUUGCAAUGGUUACUAUGCAGAGAUAUUGAUUAUGGAUCCAUUCUCGCUCGAGAUUUUAUUCAGUUUGAGUUCUAAAAUGAAUCCCGACUGGAUAUCAGCUUUGCAUGUACUCCGUCCAUCUUCGAGGAAAGAUGAUGUCGUUCUUGCUAUUUCUAUCACCGGAACUGUCAAGGUUUGGUCGUUACUCGGUCACGAGAACAAGCAAUCGGAACCGAUAUACGAAAACGAAUCCAAACAGAUACGCUGUUUAAAUGCGCUCUCGCUCAACUGUUGCGCGUACAAUCAACGGACCGUGUUGAUCGUGUGUGCGAAGUAUUGUCAGAUAUAUGACGCGGGUGAUUUCUCAGUCCUCUGCUCAAUCCAAGCACCAUAUGGUGAACGUUGGAUGUCAGGAGACUUUCUGGCCCCAGAUAGAGUCCUAGUAUGGUCCACUGAAGGAAAGGGGUACCUUUAUAAACUACCAGCCAACAAACUGCGCGGAAAAGCUAUCAGUAGUUCGGUGCCUGAUCACAAAGGUUUUCAUGGACCGACCGUGGACCAUGAUAGUCCAGUUCUGUUCAGCAUUUUGGCCCAUCCAGAUAAUAAGCUAUUAUCCUGUCCUCCCGCUAUGCGGUUCGUGUUGACGUCAGUGGGUGGGAAGCAGAGGCGGUUGCUACUCCGUGGAGACUCUGCUGGAGUUGUGUCACUAUGGAACGUGGAUGACGCCGCUCAGCCUCAGCCUGGAAACGUCUCUUCUCACGCUCCUAUAGUGCUGACCAGUUUGGAAAUGGCUUGGGCGGAAAUGAAUCCCAGUCCAGUUGGAAUACUGGAUCAGUUUAGUCAUCCCGAUGAACCAGAGAUCAAGCUGACGGCGUCCAUCUACCUGCUGGCCGCCAACCGGCUGGUGGUGGGGCGCGCGGACGGCUCGCUGGUGGUGGUGGCGGCCACCGGCGCCGUGCGCCUGCAGCUGCUGCACGGCGCGCACCAGCAGCUGGACGAUUGGCCCCCACAUCAGCUACUCCUUGGUCAUAACGGAAGGGUCAACUGCCUCUUGUACCCGCAUCAUGUACAUCCACGAUACGACAGAUCACAUUUAGUAUCCGGGGGUAUAGAUUUCGCAGUGUGUCUGUGGGAUUUGUUCAGUGGCGCCCUCCUGCAUCGGUUCUGUGUCCACGCGGGAGAAAUCACCCAGUUGAUUGUUCCUCCGCAGAACUGUAGUCCCAGAAUCCAAAAAUGCAUCUGCUCCGUAGCGUCCGAUCACAGCGUGACAUUGCUAAGCCUGUCGGAACGCAAGUGCGUGACUUUGGCCUCCCGCCAUCUUUUUCCCGUGGUGACCAUCAAGUGGCGUCCCGCGGACGACUUCAUGGUGGUCGGUUGCAGCGAUGGCACUGUUUACGUCUGGCAGAUGGAGACGGGGCAUUUGGAUAGGGUUUUACAUGGUAUGAUAGCAGAGGAAGUACUGGCCGCGUGUGAUGAAACACUCACCGAUGAGUUGGGAGGAGCCAUGACUUCUGGCACCGACCUUCAGGGUCUGGCCAAUCCGGCUGUCCAUUUCUUCAGGGGCCUGCGGCACCGCAACCUGACGGCCAUGCGCGCCGCCACGCAGCGCGGGUUGGCGGCGCUGGCGGCGGCGGACCGCGGCGCGGGCGCGGGCCCGCUGGCCGAGCCGGCCCGCGCGCGCCGCGCGCCGCUCACCGUGCAGGGCUUCCGCUCCAACCCCGCCGACCCAGAAAGUCACAUCUUGUUCUUCGACAUCGAGGGUCUGAUAGUGGAACUCCUCAGCGAGGAGUACUCCGCCAUGAGUCCGGCUAGCCUUGAGGCCGCUGGUCUAAUAACAAGCGAAUACAUGAAAGUCGCCGCUUUGACUCAAUCCGCGAGUCCCGAUGCAGCUAAAAGGAUAUCCGAUUUCUUUGGUCGCGUCAAAGACAAGGCGGGCGAUAUGGAAAGACUUUUAAAAGAAAAGGACAAACAUGGUAUAUUAGCGAAAAUGAAGGAAGGCGCCGAAACAAUGCAGACGAAGUUGCAGGCUAAAGCUGACCAGCUGAAAGGUCACGUCGACAAUAAAGGAAUCGUCAUAUCUGAAGAAUCUGCAUUUCGAAUCGCUGGUAGCUUCACUUUUAACAAUAAUUGAAAUUUUAAUUUGUAAGAUGACUAUAUUUAUAUUUAUUAUGAUGAGAUGA